AUGGAAAAUAUCUUAUCAACUGAAAACUUAGGUUUCGCUGAUUCAUUCAACUACACUAGCAACAAAUUGGGUAGAUCAUUAAAUACAAAGUUAGAUGAUAUCGUUAAAUCAAAUGGUUAAUUCGGAUUUGAAUAGGUUCCUUUGAGUGAUCCUACUUAACUUGUUCAUAAUAUUAAGGAUGCCAAGGGUCCUGAGCGUUCUUUGAUGGAAUUCAAGAAGGGUACAACUACCCUCGCCUUUAAAUUUUAGGGUGGUGUUAUCGUUGCAGUCGAUUCCAGAGCUUCAUAAGGUAGUUUUGAUGCUUCUGAAACAGUUCGUAAAAUCAUUGAAAUUAACGAUCAAUUACUCGGAACAAUGGCUGGUGGUGCAGCUGAUUGCUAAUUCUGGGAGCAAUAUUUGGCAAUUGAAUGCAGAAAAUAUCAAUUAUAAAAUCGUGAAAAGGUUUCUGUUGCAGCUGCCUCAAGAAUCCUGAUUAAUAUUUUAUAUUCCUACAGAAAUCAUGGACUCUCUAUGGGUUGUAUGCUUACUGGAUGGGAUCACGAAGGUGCUUAGCUCUACUAUCUUGAUAACGAUGGUCAAAGAAUUAAGGGAAACAUUUUCUCUUGUGGUUCUGGUUCUACUUAUGCCUAUGGUGUUCUAGAUAACGAAUAUCAUUACAAUUUAAGUGUAAAGGAAGCAGCUGAAUUAGGUAGAAAGGCAAUUUAUCAUGCCACUCAUAGAGAUGCUGGUUCUGGUGGUGUUGUUAGAAUUUAUCACGUCCAUGCUCCUAAUGCUUAAGGUAAGGGCUGGACCAUUAUUGAAGAUGGUGAAGAUGUUAAUAAACUCCACUACUUCUACGAAGGUGCUAAAGGAGCUGUUGGUGAUGGUGAUUUCGUCAAUGCUGAACUCUUGUGA